AUGUUUGAUUGUCCGGAAUGUGGGUUAAGUAUUACGCAGAGGAGUAACUUUCGCCGACAUGUGAAGAGCUGUUCAACAUCGAACCAUCACAUAGCAUUUCCGUACUGCACAAAAACUCUAGCAAGAAAUGAUGGAUUAAAGAGGCAUAUUAAACCUCAUCAUUCCAAUCUGCUUCAAUCUGAUCAACCGCAGCAAGCUACUCAGGGUUGUAUAGUCCUGCCAUGGGAGAAACCAUUCAAUUGCGACAAAUGUAAAAGCCGCUUCAAGGUUGAAGAGACUCUAAACCAUCAUAACUGUCAGAAAAAGAGACAUUUUAAAUGUAAGACCUGCGGAAAAUGCUUUGUUAGAAAAGCGCAUCGAGAUGAUCAUGCGAAAAAUUCCCACGGAAGACAAAGAGGGGGAGCUUUCGAGAAGUUUAAUGAUGAGGACUAUGAACUACCUACGAGACCCUCCAUUGAACCCGACGAAGAGAAAAAAGUUCUCAAUGGUGUAAGAAUGGAUGCCACAUUUCGUCCUGAGACAAAAGUGCAGAAGAAAGAUUUUUAA